AUGGACGACAACCUCGCGCAGCAUGCGUGUCAUCCCAUCACCACAGCGAUUGAAAAGGACGAUCUUGUCAUUCCUGUCAUUGAUUUUGGCCCCUUCCUGAGAGGAACACCAUCCGACAAACAUGCUGUCGCUGUUUCCAUCACAGAUGCAUUUAAGACAUCGGGGUUUCUCUACCUAAAAGACCAUGGAAUCCCAUUUUCCACAGUAUCCCAGGUAUUUGAGACUUCAGCCCGCUUCUUCGCUCGCCCCCAGGAUCAGAAAGACAGUUUGUGCUGGACUUCUCCGCAGUCGAACCGUGGUUACGUCAAGACGGGACGAGAGAAGCUGAGCUUACCUGAAGAUAAUGUCGACAAAGAUACCGCUAGACUGGCGACACCAGAUCUUAAGGAGACAAUGGAGAUUGGUCGCGAUGAUGUUGACGGUCUUCCUAAUCGAUGGCCAGACCAUUUCGAUGACGAGGGGAAGGAUUUCAAGAAAGCGAUGCAGUCAUUCUUCGCAAUGUGCAAAUCCCUGCAUACAGAGGUCAUGCGGGCUAUCGCUCUUGGAAUGAACUUACCAGAGCACUACUUUGAUGAAUUCGUGGAUGCGGGAGAUAAUAAUCUCCGUCUGCUGCAUUACCCAUCUGUGCCCAAAGAUGUCUUCAAGAAGAACGCAGGCCAGGUUCGUGCUGCAGAGCACAGUGAUUAUGGAUCUAUCACACUCCUGUUCCAAGAUCGUCGUGGAGGGCUGCAGGUUCGGAGUCCCAAGGGCACCUUUGUCGAUGCUACGCCUAUCGCAGACACAGUCGUCGUCAAUGCUGGAGACCUACUAGCUCGGUGGUCCAACGACAUCAUCAAGAGCACUCGUCAUCGCGUUGUCGAGCCUCCAAGUAUCGCAGGUGUCGACGCAGAUGACGGCUCAGAUACAUACCCGGCGCGAUAUAGUAUCGCAUACUUCUGCAAUCCGAAUAUGAACAAAUUUAUUGAUGCCCUACCGGGGACUUUCGGGGAAGAAAUUAGCCAGAAAAAGAAAUACCCAGGAAUUACCGCCGGAGACUAUCUUGUGCAACGAUUGACAGCAACCAUCUAG